AAGCAUAAUUUGUUGAGAGAGAAGACGUAUGGAUAUGCUAUCAACUCUGGGAAUCUCCUGCAAAACGACACCGACAUGGAAAUUCAACGGCAGCAGCGGCAAUAACAACGGCCUCCCCAAAAGCCCAUCCACAAAAACCCUAAAAACACCACCCAAAGUCCUUUCUUUGUCUAUAAAUCCUUCUUCUGCUUCGCUUCUAUUGAAAAGGAAAUCAUAUAAUGGAAAGCCUAACAAGAAGAAUUCCACUAAACAAACAACCCCCCUCCUGGAAAAAUCCCAUGAAAAUCAGAGAAUCAGGACCUUACCUGAAAGGUUCAGAAAGGAAGAUUCAAACCCACUUCAGACACUCAAAGAUGAUGGAGAUUGGACCAAUCACCAGUUUUGGGCUGUCAUCAAAUUUCUCAAACGAACCGCAAGAUCCAAGGAGGCUCUUCAGGUGUUUGGUUUAUGGAAGAACACGAAUGAAUCGCGAAUUAACGAAUUGAACUAUGAGAAGAUUAUAAGGUUCUUAGUUGAGGAGGGACUAAUGGAAGAUGUGGUAUUGGCAUAUGAAGAAAUGAAGAAUCAUGGACUUAAACCUUCGGUGGAGAUCUAUAAUUCAUUGAUUUAUGGCUUUGCCAGAAAAGGGAGGUUUGAAGAUGGUUUGUUUUAUCUGAAGCAGAUGGAGGAAAUCAAUUUGAAGCCAGAUACGGAAACCUACGAUGGGCUCAUUGAAGCUUAUGGGAAUCAUGGAAUGUAUGAUGAGAUGGCCAAGUGUGUGAAGAAGAUGGAAUCCGAUGGGUGUAUACCUGACCACAUUACAUAUAACUUGCUAAUCCGGGAGUUUUCACGAGCUGGGCUGCUCAAAAGAAUGGAGAGAGUGUAUCAUAUUUUAAUUUCAAAAAGAAUGGAUUUGCAGUCAUCUACGUUAGUAUCAAUGCUUGAGGCAUAUGCUAACUUCGGAAUCUUGGACAAGAUGGAGAAGGUAUAUAAAAGGGCUUUGACCUCAAAAACGCUUUUGAAAGAGGACUUAAUUCGGAAAUUGGCUAGAUUUUAUAUUGAGAAUCACAUGUUUUCUAGAUUAGAUGACUUGGGACUUGAUCUUUCUUCUAAAACUGGCAUGACUGAUUUUGUUUGGUGUUUGCGCCUGCUUUCUCACGCUUGUCUUUUGAGCCGUAAAGGGAUGGAUUCGAUUCUUCAGGAGAUGGAAUUAGAAAAAAUACCAUGGAAUGCAAGCAUUGCAAACAUCAUCUUGUUAGCUUGUUUGAAGAUGAAAGAUCUAAAGCAGUUGAAAGUCGUACUCUCUGAGCUGCCUGCUCGAUAUGUGAAACCCGAUAUUGUCACCGUUGGAAUCCUAUAUGAUGCAUUUAGGGCCGGUUUUGAAGGAAAAUGGGUUCUAAUGAUAUGGAGAAAAAUGGGAUUUCUUGAUGAGGCUGUUGAAAUGAACACUGAUGUUAUUGUUCUUUCUUCGUUUGGAAAGGGGCAUAUCCUUAGAAGUUGGGAAGAGAGACACUCCCUUGAACCCAAAGGAAGACAAAAGAAAAUAUGGACAUAUCACCAUGUGAUCAAUUUGUUUUUCAAACACGAUAAAAGGCCUUCUCAAUUGGUUGGUGUUGAAUAAAGUUAGAUACCUGGCCUGUAAUGAAUUUUGUACUAGACCCUUAACUGGCUAGGGUUUUUGUAAAUUUUGAGACCUCUCUAGGUGGACCAGAACCAAUUUUUACAACUGGUAUCAUUCAGGACUAGAAAAUCGAAAGCCGGAGGAAUUUUUUAAUUUUUAUUUUUUCUUCUUGUGGGGUAAUGCCAACUGCCAUGUAUUACUUACUAAAUUCUUAGUAUUGAAACUCAUGUAUUGACAUUUUAGGUUUCUAUGGAAAUUUUUAUUUCAAUUUUCA